AUGGUGCCGCCCACCGGACUCGGCAGCAGCGCGGUACCCCUGCGAAUGCCCCCAGGCCUCCAGCCGACGCAGGCUGUCCCUCAGGGCGACGGGCAAGGCGCCGCGGUGGGCUCUCGGUUCGAGACCGCGGUUCGGGACUUCAUCGAUUCGGAAGUCAUGCUGAACUUCGACCACAUGUCCGUGGACGCCAUGGGGGACGGCGCCACCGCCUCAGGCAGCCCACCCUGGGUGGCCCUAUGCCGCGACUUGCGCCUCCUCGGGUACGACCUCAAUUUGGACGACGGCUGGGACCGCCUCGGCCUCUGCAAGGAAGGCCCGGCCCCCGACAAGGCGCUGGUGCUCCGCCGCGCCGGGCUCCUGGGCGACCUGCUGAAUUCCGUCGCGGAUGGGCCCUUGACGGAGCCAGAGCGUGCGAUGAAGCGCAGUUGGAUCUCUCGCGCGACCGAGGCCCACCAGCAGUGCCUCAGCGAGCUUCAAGAGGUCCUCAGGGUGCGGCAGCUGCAGAGGGUCGCCGAGGACAGGCUCCCACGCUGGGCGGAGGCUGAGCCAGUGGUCGUGGAGCACUCGGUGCACGAGGCGGGUAUCCCAUGCACCUGCCUCCUCAACCUCUCGCGGAUCCUCCGCGCUCGGCCCCAAACGGCCGACGCGCACGUCUCCCCAUCGCCAGAAGGAGCACGGGUCGCGUGCGGGCAGCUUCUGCAGGGGGGCGGCGCCUUUCUCCAGGCGAUGGCGACGAUGGCUGGCUGCGGCAUCAUGCUGUGGCGCCUGGGGAGAAGGAAGACCUCGGCCGCUUGUGCGGUGGCGUGGCUAAGGCCGCCAUGCAGGGAGUCCCUAUCAACUCACUCGUCGUCGUGCCGCUCGAUCCGCGCCCUGGCUGCCAUUCGCCUUGGCAGUUGGGGGGCACGUGGACACAUGACCUCCUCCAGACUCAGAGCAGGUGGGCCCCCUUCGUACAUACCAUAUCGUUCAGCCACGAGCCCAUGA